AUGCCGAGAAAUAACUCUCAAUUAUUUGAUUAUCUCAUUUGCUGCAUUCAUUCAUUUGACAGCACAGUUUCAUUAUCUUCAUAUUCUUCUGAUUUUCUUUUUUUUUUCUUUCUUCCAAUUUUCCUUCGUUUAAAUCAUUCAUUUUUUUUAAUAAUUUUAUAUUAUUUUUCUUUCUUUCUCAUUUCUUUCCUUUUGAAACAAUUACAAUUGAUUAAUGACUUCCUUCUGUUUCUUUUUCAUAUUUUAUUGCUGGUCCCAUUCUAUUUGACUUUUUCUUUCAUUUCAGGUUUUCUUUUUUUUUCUUUUUUAUUUAACCUUUCUCUCGUUUUUCUUUCUUUCAUUAUUGCUUAUUCUUUCAUUUUUCUUUCUGCUUUCUGUCAUUCUGUCAUUCUUUCCUUUUUCUUUCUUUCAGUUAUUUAUUCUUUUUUCUUUCUUUCUUCGUUUCUUUCAUUCUUUACUUAUGUCCUGUUUUUAUUCCUCUUUUUAACUUUUCUGUCUUCUUUCUUGCUUACCUUUUUUGCGCAUUUGAUUUUUUUAUUUCGUUUUUAUUUAUCUUUCUUCCUUUCUUUUUUCUUUCUUUCUUUUUUCUUUCUUUCUUUUCCAUUUAAUUGUCCAUUGUCUUUUUUAGUUUCUUUAUUUUCCCGUUUUCUGCAUAUCAUCAUUUUUAUUAGAUUUUUUAUAUUUCUUUCUUUCUUUUUUGAUUUUACAUUUUCUUUUUCUUUUACUAUUACGUUCUUUCUUUCUUUCUUUUUAGUUUUAGUUUACAAAACACUCUUUAUCUGCUUCGCAUUUGAUUUUGUAUUUCUUUUUCUUUAUUUUUCUUUCUCCCUUUCUUACUUCCUUCCUUACUUCCUCCAUGCCUUCUUUCCUUUCUUUCCUUUCUUUUCUUUCUUUCUUUCUUUCUUUAACCAUUUGACCCGAUUCUUCUUUCUUUCUUUCUUUCUUUCUUUCUUUCUUUCUUUCUUUCUUUCUUUCUUUCUAAGAUCAUUUGACCCAAUUCUCCUUUCUUUCUUUCUUUCUUUCUUUCUUUCUUUCUUUCUUUCUUUCGUUCGUUCGUUCUUUCUUUCUUUCUUUCUUUCUUUCUUUCUUUCUUUAUUUCUAAGACCAUUUGAUCCGAUUCUUCUUUAUUCUUUCUUUCGUUCGUUCGUUCGUUCGUUAUUCCAUUCUUUCUUUCUUUCUUUCUUUCUUUCUUUCUAUCUUUCUUUCUUUCUUUCUAAGACCACUUGUCCCGAUUCUUCUUUCUUUCUUUCUUUCUUUCUUUCGUUCUUUCUUUCUUUCUUUCUUUCUUUCUUUCUUUCUUUCUUUCUUUCUAAGACCACUGGUCCCCAUUCUUCGUUCUUUCUUUCUUAA